AUGGUCUCUAUGAAGCAACGCGUCACACUCCGGACUGCCAUCAAUGUUACCAGAUAUCCAAUAGCUCCUAUUGCUUCCUGGCCGUUGCCGCGAAGAGUCUCCCGCUUGAAUGUCGCGUUGCAUAACUUUCGCUGGUGGUUUUCAAUCCUCCACACCAUAAGCAAUUCUUACGGCUGGUUUUACAACGUUUAUAGCCACAGUGGCGACCCCGACGUCAUGAUUAGAGCUUUGUCAGAGAUUGGUGCCCUGUACUCUACGAUUUUCAAAAUGUUGAUCUGCAAAAUAGAAGCUCCAGGUCUGCAGUACCUGAUCGCCGAGAUGCAGGAAUUUCUGGAUAAAGCAAACGACAAGGAACUGGAAUUAAUUCAGCAGUACGUGGACAAAUGUCUGCGUUCUCAUAUAGGUAAUUUUUCUCAGAUUUUUCUCUCCGUGCACAUACUGGCGAAGUAUGUUUUCUUCGAGUUGGUUUCCGCUUUGGAACUCUUCUUAUUCACCUGGCCAGCAGACAAUCUAAUCGACAAGACCGAGAAAAUCGGAUACGCAGCCUACGGCUGUACCUGGGACGGAAAACCGUCCGGUAUGCUUCAUGACUUGUUAAUUGUCAUGCUCCGAGCUAAAUCCCCGGCGGUCAUACCGAUUGAUGGCUUGCUUACCAUCUUGUCACUUGAACUCUACGGAUCCACGAUGUCGGCUAGUUUCUCCUAUCCCACAACCCUGCGAGUUAUCGCUGUUACUUAGGCAAGGCCCGACGGGAAAACGUUCACCGCUAGAACGUUGAUCGAUAGUUCACUCAGAUGAAAAUCCCGUAUAUCAUUCGAU